AUGUGGUACAGUGUUUUGUUUAGAUUGACAUCCCUUUGGAUCUGUAACCUCUUCCUUGUCUCCUCUUUCCAGCUCUCAAGCAUCCAGCCUUUCCAAAUCCAACGAACAGAAGUCAGCUCAAACCAUGUUCUGGUGUAUAUAGAAAAGCUGAACUACGAGACCUUGAGCUUUUCCUUCACAGUGGAGCGGGACAUCCCUGUGCAGGGCCUGAAGCCAGCCCAGGUGAAGGUCUAUGACUACUACGAGACAGAUGAGUUUGCCACACAGGAGUACAGCGCUCCCUGCACCACAGAGGAAGUAGAUCAGGGCAACGUGUGAGGAAUACUCCGAGCUGCUACAUCCCACCUGCCUCACUAUCACCAUCUACGGAGAGAAUAGACUGACAUUUGGAUAGUGCCUGCAAAGAAUGCAAAAUGAACUUUACAAACAAAUUAACUGUACUGACCAAUGAUUUUUGAACAGCUUAUUUCCAGUUCUGUUUCUUGCUGCUCAAUCUCCAGUCACAGCUUUAAUCUCUCUGGCUUCUUAGGUUGAAGAGCAUCACAUCAGCCAUGCCUGUGUGAAGAACUGUAAGGAUGACAGUUGUAAAGAUAGAAGAUGAUUUAAGUCAGGGUCAGCUUUUCUAAUGUAGCCCUCUCCGAGAUGUUUACUCUAAACUUGUUAGCAGAGAUUCUGUCUAAACAAUGGAGAAGGACAGGUACUUCUUGAGAACAAUUUCUCUUCCUGGCUUAGAAACCAUGACUUGAUUGAAUUGCCCUCUGCAGGUGCCUGUCCAUGUCUCUUACCUGGAGGCAGCCUGGCUGAUCAACUAACGUUACACAAAAUAAUGUGCCCAGGAGCCACUCCUUCCAGUGUUGUUUCUUAUUCUUAGAAGUGUGGAAGUAGAUACACAGUCUGUCCUCUUCUAAGUUAUAUAUGAAGCUUAGAACAUGCAAGGGGUGUUGGGGCAGUGGAGGGCCAGAGCGAUAUAUGCAUGUAUUAUGCUUUCAGCUGAUAACUUAUAAUAAUUCUCCAGACGAAGCCUGGGCCUUUUUGUGGAAACUUCCAUAUGUUGUACCUGCUGCUUCUUGGAGGUUCCCAGGGAGUUAUGAGUAAACACCCUCUUGGCAAGCAACAUGGCCUAGAAGCUAAUAGUAUUUGCCAGUAACCUAACUAUCUGAGUCUAGUAUAAAUGGCAUGUUUAUUUAAAUCAUAGAGUUGCUUGGUGAAACUCUCCCUAAUCCUCUUAUAUUAAGGUGUCUCCAGGUUGUGACUGUUUAUUCUCAUUAAAUGCUUAUUGCUAGAUAUCAUGGCUUCUUGUAUAUCCAAAGUAUGCACAGCUAGUAGUUGCAUCCAAUUUUCUCUUUGUGCGCCUACCCAAACAAUGGUACUGAAAACAAAUAAAGUUCUUUAGCUAUUUUGCUAAAUAUUGAUAUUA